UUCUGACAUAUGCCUUUUAACAUUGUAUUAAAGCAAGUAUUCCUUUAAUAAACUUAUCAAGACAAAACACUUUAAAAAUAUUAAUACAAUGACUGAGAAUGAGGAUAUUGGUUCGUGCGAUUUUGCAAAUGUGUUGGAGGUUGAUACUGAGUUUGCUCCAGAACCAGAUCAAUUGGCCCUUCUUCCUCCUAAUCAUCCGCUUCUGCACAAGUUUCAAAUCUCACUAAAGGAUCAUCUAUUACGUACUAAACAUGAGCUUGAAAAUGAAAUCGCAGAAAUUAAAUAUCAAGAAAAACUAAAACAGCAACGACGAGAAGAGGAAGGUCUGGCAUUGUAUGAUAUGCAACAAAAAAUGAGUAUUCAAGAGGAACAAAUAAGGGAAAUAUCAGUAAUAAUAGAGAAGCACUUGCUAAAUCGCCAAGACGAAGAAUUUUGUGUUAACUCUUUAAAAAGAGAAUAUGAAGAGAAGGUUAAGCUUACAAAAAUUAAAAAAACAUUAUAUCAUGACCAAAUGGUGAAACUCGAAGACUUGCAAAGUCUGAGUAGUAAUAUUAAAAAAUGGGCAUGUGACGUAGAAGAUGAAGUUAAAAAUGCUAAACGUAUUGUUAGCAGGGAUGCGCAGCUGCAAAAGCAACUGUCUCGGGAAAAACGAAAAUCGGAUAUACUUUUUUACCGUCUAGAUAUGGAAGUUAAAAAAACAGAAGCAGAAUUGAGCUCAAUUUAUGAAGAAGAAAUAAAUAUGAAAGAUGUUGUGAAUAUUUUAAAUAUGAGCAUAUCGGACGCUAAUACAGAUCUGGAAGUAUUGCAAAGUGAACAUAAGCGCCUCACACAAGCAUGGAGUGAAGUUAUUAUAGCAAUCCAGUUGAGGGACAACAUUUUGUUUCAAGUUCAAGAAACAAUGAGAAAGCACAAGGAGUCAAUUCAACUUAACUUUGCUGGAAUUGAAGCAAUUAAAAAACAAAUUGGGAAGGAGAUUGAACUACAGAGCAAGCUGGAAUCAUUUAAGCAACGACUGGCCGAUGAAACAAGUUCACUAAGACGAGACUGUAAGUAG